AUCAAGAUUUGUGGCAUUUUUUUGUGUAAAUUGACAAUCUUAUGCAACCUUGAAGUGUAAAAAGCCGCCAUUUUUACUCCAGUGCGGAAGUCUAUGAUGUCAUGUACUUGUCCAAGGUGUGACGGAACAAUUGAAACUUCCAACCAAUCGCAGGGCUGAUAGGUCAUAUUGCAUGUGUUCAUACACACACAAAAAUGACAUGGAUAUAUUCACUGGAUAUUAACACAGUACAUUAUGUGAUAAAUAUAUUUUAAAUCAAAUAACAAUACCUAGCAAAUUGAUAAAGCAGAUAAUAUAUUGGAAAACUUCAAUACAUACUGGAAUAAAUACCCUGGACAGCUUGGGAACAUGUGCAAGUCAGGUUAAGUGUAAGGACUUCUUAUCAGUGAUAAUCAUUAACAUUUAUGAUAAAAAACAGAUCAAUGGAUUUGGCUGAUUUUCACCCUGAUUCUUUUGGGUUGGAUGGAAUUGCAGGUCUGGCUCAAUUCCAACAUGACGGUCUUCUCGAUGUACCCAGUAUAGGGGACUUACCUGGAUUGAAUGGUAUAGAAGCUACAGACAUGGGGAGUCUGCUGAAGCAGUUUGAAGAAGCUUCACAAUCCCUAGGUGACACCGAUCCUACACAACCAAGUCUUAACUCCAUCCCAGAAUCUAGUCAAGCAAGCAGGAAGACUUCAAGUCAGCCAGUCCCCAGUACUACCUCACUGGAAAGCUUGGAUCUCUUUUCAAAUGAAAAUGAAGAAAACACUACACCUUCUAAAGAUGUUAUCGAUAAAAUCCGUGCUGGAACGAAAAGGAAGUCGACCAUUAUGCUACCACUGGGCAUGCCUUCCAAGAGAGGCAGAGGAAGGGCCAUGGCAAUGCCAACAAAUUGUGCUCCAUUAAAGCUACAGCGUAUCAUGGGACAGAACAUGCCUCCUGACACGCCCACCUCACAAGGUUCAUGUUCUGGAGACGCCACUUCCUUCAAAGGCGUGUCCCUUCUCCCUACUAAUAUAGAUACUAUAAAAAAGACCAAGGGAGAUAAUUCUGAUAAAACUGAUGUGGUUGAAAUGCCUGUUGUUCAAUUGGAGUUUAAUAAGGAAAUAUCAAAGAAUGAAGACGAGAAGUUUGAAGUAAAUCAGGAUUACUUUACUGGAAUUCUUGAUCAUGACUACUGUGUGAAUGUACCAUUGAGGAUUUUAGAGAGUGAGUUUAAAGACGAGCUUCCGAUAGUGGCAGAAGAGGUAGUGAUAUGUGAUGUGGAGGAACAGCCCCCAGCAGUCACCGAAGUGAUUGAGCAGGAUAUAGAUGAACUACUAGAAAAAAGUGUUGAUGAUGAUCUCAAGAACAUUUCCGCUGAAACCUCUAACGAGACUCGUCGAAGCAAGUGUUCUGCUUUUGUGGAAAUACUCAAACAGUCAAAAGACGGUAAGAGGAACUAUCGCAAACAUACUGCAGACACUACAAGAGAGGAAGAGCCUAAAGAGAUGGAGGAGGAGAAAUACUUUGAUAAAAUUCCAGCGUAUUACACAGCUCUGUCGAUACCCAACAAACCUGCCAAGCAGGCUAAGACUAUCACAUACAGGCGCACAGCCUCGGGUCGUAAAGGCAUCACCUUGGAGGAUUACUUUGCCAGGAAUCCUUCCCCGAAAAGAGACCCUUCUGUGUACAAUAAGCUGCCAGCAUAUUAUAGUUGUUUUACAAACAGCACCAAAUAUGAUAAUGCUAACAGCAAUGGAGUUGAAAAGAGCAAUAAUUCUGAAUCCUCUCAAGACAGUAAUAAGAUGUGCAGUAGUGGCUACUCUAGUCGAAGUCAGACACCAUCACUUGUCAUAGAUUCUCGUCGUUGUUCAAGGUCACCCUCAGUGGUCUCAUCAAGAUCUCGAUCCCGCUCAAGGUCAUGCUCUAGGUCAAAGUCAAGAGAGAGAAAGAGAUCUUGGAGGAGGGAAAGAAAAUACUCAUACUCAUCCAAUUCUAGGUCAAGCUCUAGGUCAUCAUCGUCUUCAAGGUCACGGUCAAGGUCACGCUCCAGAUCGCGUUCAAGGUCUUGGAACUCAAGAUCAAGGUCAAGGUCAAGAUCCAUCUAUGAUAGAUCAAGGUCAAGGUCACACUCUCGAGAAAGAUCACACAGACAUCUAAGUCCUAACCAAAUACAAAGGAGAUUGGAACAGAAAGAACUACGGGAUCAUGAGAAAAGAAAACAGAUGGAUGAACGACGAAUCAUCUAUGUUGGUCGAAUACCCGGUGACUUCACAAGGAGUGACAUGAGGAGAAGGUUUCAGAGGUUUGGAGAGAUAGAACAUGUACAGCUACACUUCAGGGAGCAUGGUGAUAAUUACGGCUUUGUGACGUUCUCCUACACCUGUGAUGCCUACGCUGCCAUAGAAAAGGGGAAUGACUUUAAAGACGACCCACCAUUCGAGCUGUGCUUUGGAGGUCGUCGAAAGUUCUGCGAGACAGAAUAUGAAGAUUUAGAUGGUGAUAUUGAACAGAUGGAGGAAUUAAAUCCACUACAGAAUAUGAAUUCUAGAAAACCCCUAGACUUCGAUCAGCUUCUUGAACAGGCCAAAAAGGCGAAAAAGAAAACUGAAAAAUCCUCCUGAUAUCCGGUGAUGGAUGUUUGUGAUGCAAGAUUGUAAGAUGAUUCAGGGAAUGUGAAAAUGAAUAUUUAUAUUCAGUGAUAAAUGCAGGUAGUGAUGAAGUUGGAUUAUUAAUCAUUUGUUGUAUGGUUGUGUAAAGAUAUGCUGUAAAUUAAUUCUACUUCACGACCUC